AUGAUAUUCAUCUGGGUUUUACUUUUAUUUUCUGGUGUAUUUCCAAGUAUUCAAACUCUAUCAUGUAUCAACUUUGAAUAUGAAGAACCUGCAUAUAUCGAUACAUUUGAUCGAAAUGCCUUAAAGGAGAAACUUGAUCGUUUUGAAAUGGAUGCAAGUCUUUCUGCAUGUCGUGUGGAGAUGGUAUUUGUUUAUUCUACGGGAUUACUAACACUAAAGUUUAGUAAAUUGGUUCCAAAGACAACCAUCUCAGUUGGUAUUGUUACGUUUCGUACCUUAGUAAGAUAUACCAAUAAAGAUGACACAACGACUAUACAUGUUUUAACAGCUGCAUGUUCAAACUCUGACGGUUGUGAUAAACAAUUUAUACUGAAUCAUGUUGACUGGUUCAUUCGAUUGAAGUAUGAUGACUUCUUCAAAAUUAGUUUCCAACUGCUUGUAGGUGAAGAUGAUAAGAUACAACGAUGCAGUCAUCCCAGAUGCCCAAAUAGGUUUUGCGGUGUUGGGUGGACACACAAAGAAACCGAUAUUGUACAAGGUUGUAGUGAACUACCAAGAGCUCAAUUUCAGGCUCGGAAUGAUUUUAAUAUCAAUACUCGUAAAGAAACUGAAUCCUUUGCCUUUUUUUGUGGUUAUGAUCAGUGCAACAGCUUAGAUGUUGUGUCAAAAUUGCAAGCGAAUGUCAAAGAAAACUACAAUAUUUUACUAGUGCGCAAAGCUCUAGGUUUUGACAACGAAUCGGAUAACUCUAUGGCAACUACAAGCUCGACACUCAAUAUUACAUUUUUUCAAUAUUUUAUUGAAAAUAUGUCAAACGUGUCUUCACUUUCUUUGGAAGAUACGACUGUAACACAGUUAUCUAUGAUAACCAAUUCAUCAGCAAUGACGAAGUCAGCUUCAACACUUGUUACAACAAAAACUAACGGCUGCACCACAUGGCAAUUUCAGAAAACAAAUAUUAUAAUGAAUUUAAAUGCAAUGAUAAUCUUAUUAAUCAUUUAUUAA